AUGUUUUAUUCAGUGUCAAAUAAAGUAAUGUUUUUAAGCAAACAUCCUCUAUCCCUAACCUUAGAAAAUUUGACACGACUGAAGACACGUCACUGCUGCCACGAAGUACAGUAUCUCAAGAGAUAUUCACCUGCAGAGUGCAGUUUGAACGACACAACUAGAGAAAGAUCAUUUAAUCGUUUCAGGUUUCGUUACAUUUUAUUCAUCUUGCUUUACAUAACUGUUUCGGUGGAGUGUAACGAAAAACCAUCGAGUGAAGAACUCAAAGCACAACAAUUUCCAUCCUGUGCAGCUUGUAAGGUCUUGAUAAAUAGUUUUAAAAAGGGUAUAGAAAGGACUAAGCGUGAAAAAUUUGAUGGAGGCGACAGUGCAUGGGAAGAAGAUAAAUUGGGUUCAUAUUCAAAAAGUGAAACUAGAUUAAUAGAAAUACAAGAACACUUAUGUAAAGAAGUAGAACGUGGUGAGACUCAAUGUCAUGCCUUAGCCGAAGAUUUAGAGAGCAAGAUAGAAGAUUGGUGGUUUAAUCGUCAAGAAUCAAAUCCAGAUUUAUUUGUUUACAUAUGUAUUCAACAAACAGAACGGUGCUGUCCAAACGAUCAUUUUGGACCACAGUGUGUACCAUGUCCAGGUUUUCCAGAUAAAAUUUGUAACAAUAAUGGUAAAUGUAAGGGAGCAGGCACUAGAAAAGGAAAUGGUGGAUGCUUCUGUGAUAGAGGCUAUCAAGGAGACAGUUGUUCUGAGUGUGCAAUUGGAUUCUAUGAAUCCUAUAAAGAUGAGAAUAAACUUCUUUGUUCUCACUGUCAUGCUGCUUGUGAUGGUGCUUGCAAAGGAGCAGGGCCAAAGAAUUGUGAGAAAUGUAUGGAAGGAUGGCAUAUGAUAGAUAAUGAAGGGUGUUCUGACAUUGAUGAAUGUAUGAAAAGCGAUGAAUAUUGUCCUGGCAAUCAGUUUUGUAUUAAUAAGGAAGGAGGCUACUCAUGCUUAAGUUGUGACAAAGCCUGUAGUGGUUGUACAGGUGAUGGUCCAGAUAUGUGUAUAAAAUGUGCUGAAGAAUACCAUAAAAAAGAUAAUUUAUGUAUAAACUCGGAUCUUCUGGGACGUAAAAAACAAGAGAAUAUGGCUAGAUAUGCUACGUAUUUUGGUCUUUGUAUAGCAACUUGCAUUAUCUUCCAACGAAAUAUUUAUAUAGCAAGUGUAAUAGGUUUAUUAGUUGGUGUAUACAUAUCAGUUUCUGAGUAUAUGAUAGCUAAUAGUAACCUUCAAGAUACAACACCAAAAUUGGAUAUCCUAGGACCAGUGUAA